AUGAAACGUGCAAGACAGUCACCACCGGAUGCCGAACCUAUUGAAGAACAUGAUAGUGGUUUUGUGGGUCCUAUGACAUUAUUUGAUACGUUCCCACAUAAUGACACAUUUGUCGAAACACGUACUUUAGAAUUACUCCCCAACCCUAGUACGGAGAAUGCUGAAAUCUAUACGUUUAUGCAUAAUCGGCAGGAUUAUGGUGUGAUAGAUAUGAUUGAUGCAAAACUAUCUGCAAAUUUGCGUGUGGCGGUAACAGUUGGGGGUGCCGCACCCGCCGCCGAUAGAAAUGUAUCUGUUAACAUGGCACCGUUACGUUACGGUUGGAAAACCAAAGCGGUAUAUUUAAAUAAUCAAUUAAUUACACCACAAUCGAGUAAGGAAAAUGAACUUGAGUUUACUCAUGAUUUUCUAACCACCGUACCCUCAGAGUACCUUGAUGAUAAAAAUAUUAAUUUAAUGAUCCGCGACACACCCGGGCAGAUGGAUGUAGUCACAAAUUUGCAUCAUAAUACGAAUGCGACGGGUAAUACAAAUCUGGGUGCUAGAGAGAGAUUUGUUAAAAUAAAUCAAGCCGCAGUAUUUCGAUGUAUUGAUAAACUAGAUGUGUUGGGACGUGUUAAACGUUAUGUCCCCACAUCGUUUGAUAUCAAAGUGGUUUUAACUCGAUUGGAGAAGAAUAAAGUCUUGUAUGGUACGGCCGCACAAUGUGCGGUAGUAGAGUUGAAAAUGGCGGAUUUAAAAUUAGUCAUGCCGAUUUUAAAACCAAACGCCCAAUUAUCAGCAGCCAUCAAUGAUUUGAUGAUUCAAAAAGGUGAAGAAUGUCGCUAUUAUAAAAUUACACACCGGUAUGUUGCAAUACCCGUUCCUAUCAAUAGUCGCCACAUUCAGCACAAAGAUAUUUUCAAUGGGGCACGACCUACGCGUCUUGUGACAAAAAUUAUAUCACAAGCUCGUUACAAUGGUUCGUAUGAAUUAUGUCCGUUCAAAACACCUUUCCCCAAUAUUUAACGUUUUGCUGUAAGCAUCAAUGAAGCCGAAAUACACCCUGUAAUUACUCAUUCAAAAGAGGCAUACAUUAAUUUACGACAAUCAUUGGAUAGACGACAUAGCGAAAUGCCUUGUACAUAUGACGAGUAUCUAUCAGAUUUCGGUAUGAUUGUUACAGAUUUAUCCCCGAAUCGUGAUGGUUUUUCACAAGUUUUACCCAAUUCAACAAGCGGGAAUUUGGGCGUGAAGAUUGAUUUUGCACAAGACACCACCGCCGCACAACAGCUAAUUUGUAUCGGUGAAUUUAGAAAUCAGAUGAGUGUUGGUUUUGGGACACAAGCACGUUUAAAAUACGCUGCAUAA